UACUUUUCUUAUUUCUUAGUUUAGUAAUAAAUAAAAUGGGUGACAGUGAUGAAGAGUAUGAUAGAAGGCGAAGAGACAAAUUCAGAGGAGAGAGAAAUGACUAUGAUAACAGAAGACCAGCUCCAAGAUAUGAUCGUGGUAGACCUGAUCGUAUGAGUGGUGGCCAUAAUAAUUGGGAAAGAGGCUCGAAACGAGAUUAUUACGGAAGCAGCAAAGAUCUUGGCAGAGACAGAAGGGAUAGUUUUGGAAGAGGAUCAAGUCCUCCGCCUAAAAAGUCAAAGCGUGAUUGGGAAUCCAGUGAUCACCAGGGCUGGAGAGGCUCACAAGACUCAAAUGUGUUAGCAAAUACUGAUAAAAGUAACACUGGAAUUCCUAUGUUGAUGAGUUUUAAAGAUUUCAUUAUACAACAAGAAGACGAUAUUGAUGAAGUAGAAUCUGUGCGAAGAUACCAAGAAUAUAAAGUUGAAUUUAAACGAACCCAGAUCAAUGAUUUCUUUGUGCUACACAAGAAUGAAGAAUGGUUUGAAGAAAAGUACCAUCCUGUGAAAGCCAUAGAACGAAAGAGACUCGUGCGACAAGGUUUGCGCAAAAGACUGGAAAUAUUUUUGAACCUUUGGGAAGCAGGAUAUUUUGAAGAGUUGUCGCUGACUCUCACAAAUAAUUCUGAAGUUUUAAAGAUCUUGGACAGAGCCAUUGUUAAGUUGGAGGGAGGCACUGACGAAGAUGUUAAAGCAUUAGAUCUUCCACCUGUUGAAAGUAAACUAGAAAGUGGAAAUAAAGAAAGUGAAGGAAAUGUUUCGCCAGAUGCUGGUAAAAAGGAAGAUAAAAAUGAUGAAGAAGAAAAAGAACCUUUACCACCUGGCAUGGAAGACGAAGAUGAACCCUUACCACCAGGCAUGGAGGAGGAUGAAGAAGGAAAAGUAAAAACAGAAGAUGCAGCAAUUGAGGAUAAAGAAGAAUCGGAAACAAAAGCUGAACAAAUCAAGAAAGAACCUGAUGCAGAAGAAAAUGAACACAACGCACCAAAAUACAAAUAUGAUGGGUCGCACUUGAAACGACCCUUAUCUGUUUUUAUGCGUACUGUACCAGCUAACAUCAUGCGAAAUGAUCUAAUUGGUGUGUGUAAACGUUACCCUGGGUUCUUACGCCUUGCAAUGUCUGAAGCGUCACCUGAACGCCGUUAUGCACGACGUGCCUGGGCAACAUUUGAGCAUGAUGUUAACAUUAAAGACAUCAAUUGGAGUUUGAGUAACAUCCGUGUAAAAGAGUUGGAGUUGAAUCCCGUUGUUAACCGAGAUGUUAGUAACCGUAUUCGACCAGUUAAUGGCAUCACAUGUUCACCAAUGAUGAUGCAGCUUGAUGUGCAGUUUGCGUUAAAGUUGUUGAAAAAGUUAGAUGCCAAGCAUCAGGUGUAUGAGAAGGAAGAAACGAAUGGACAAAUUGAAGAAGUGAAGAAGGAGGAUGAAUCAGAGGAGGAAGUGAAGAAAGAAGAAGAUGCCGAAGUUGAAAAAACUGAAGAAGAAGAAGAAGAAGAAAAGAAAGAGGAAAAGUCAACUUUUAUUGUGCCUGACUCCAACCCUUUGUUGGAAAAAUUGCCACCCAAUGUAGAAGAAUUGGUUACAGGUUUGGACUUAGAUAAUGAGGAUGAUGAUAAGAAGGAAUACCCUCUUGUUGUGAACGAAGACUUAGCUAAGGCACUGGAUUUAUUGUUGUUAUACCUUCGCAUCGUACAUUGUCUUGAUUACUACAACGCAAAUGAAUACGUUCACGAAGAUGAGAUGCCUAUGAGGUGUGGUAUCAUGCACGUAAGAGGACCACCACUGGAAGCAGCUAGUAAGCGAGAUGUCCACGAAUUUUUCAAGCAGAAUUCUGAAAAACUGGAUCACAUUUUUAAAGAGGAGGAGGUAGCUACAGCUGAAGAAUCUGUCAAGUUGGGAAAGAAAGACGAAGAGACCGAAGUGGAAAACUUCAUAAAAGCCAACACACAGGAGUUGGCAAAAGACAAAUGGCUGUGCCCGCUAAGUGGGAAGAAGUUCCGUGGUCCUGAAUUUAUUCGAAAGCAUCUUCUUAUGAAACACAUGGAUAGUGUGAACAACGUGAAGACGGAGGUCCAAUUCUUCAACAACUACAUCAACGACAUGAAACGACCGUGCUUUCCAGACGCCAAAACACGCAGUGGUAUGACAUCCAACACAGGUUCCACUGGAAAUGAGGCACGCUCAUGGACAAGUCAGGCCAGACAGCCUGUUGUGUUUGCUACUCCUUCACGUCCGGCAUAUGCUUCCUCUUACCAGCCAACCACUCCUCAGAGUGCACCACCAGACACCUACGGCCGAAUGAAUACAUACCCACCCAAAUCCAUCAAACAAAGGGUUGGCGGCUACCGUGAUCGUAAAUUGAUCAAAUACAAAGAUCUUGAUGCUCCUGAAGAAUCCGAUUUCUUUUAAAAAGAAUACACUCCCGGAAUGUUACAUUCAAUGUCUUUUAAGCAUGAAGUUAUUCACAGAGUGGAAUUGCAAUGCCUUCUAAUCAUGAACUUCCUGAAAGUUUUUACCUGUAAAUCAUUAAAAAUAUCGCUUUUUGCAUUUCUUUUUAUUUCAAAUCACUGUACUCCAGAAAGCUGCUUUUGUUGUACUUUUGCGGAUUUUAUUUAAAUCUUCAGCAGAAUCAACUUCAGCUAAAAUUUCUGGGUCGUCAAUGUUUUUUCCACGUGAAACUUCUCUCAGUAGUGCAAGCUGUUGUAACGGUUUUUAUUCGUUAACAGUAUUGUUAACGUCAUCCGCAUAUGGUGUCAUAAUAAGGACAUGUUUUUAUGGAAGUAAGAAAACUCUUACCAUUACCAUUUGUUGUGCUAACAGUCUGUAUUUUAUUUGAAACAAUAAUUACAACGUCGAUUAAA